AUCAACUAAAAAUAGUAAAAAAAAAAGUCAAGAUUUGCUUGAUGAUUCUGAUAUUGAAGAUACCAAUAUUGACUUUUAUCUUGAGAAAGAACUUGAUGAAGAGCUUUUGCAGUUUGGCAUAGAAGCAGAGGAUAUAGAUAUAAAGAAUGAACUAAUGAUAGAAAAUCUUUUUAAUAUUCAAAUAUAUAAACAAAAUCAAGAGAAAACAAUUAAAAAAAGUUCGAUUGAUUAUUCUCAACUAUCUACUAAUACUACCGAAGAUUGGUUAAUUGACAAUAUCUUCAAAUUAUAG